AUGAAUCAUUUGAUCUCUUGUCCUUGUGUGAAAUGCAAAAAUAGUUUGUUUAAAACUAGAAAAGAUGUUGAGGAUGAUUUGAUCAUACGUGGAAUUCAAAAGACCUAUACCCACUGGUUUAUGCAUGGGGAAAGGGAAAUUGAAAAUGUAAGUAAUGUAAAUGAGGACAUUAGUGAAGAUUCAGAUGAAGAAUCAAUGAAUGAUAUUUUAGAGGCUCAUUUUGGAGCUCCCAAUAUUAAUAAUUGGGUAGGUGUUAAUUUUGAUAGAUAUGAACACGAAGAGCCUAAUGAUGAAGCAUCUAAGUUUUUUGGAUUAUUAAGAGAUGUCAAUGAAAAGUUAUAUCCAGAGUGCGAGAAAUAUUCGAGACUAUCAGUCGUUGUUAAGUUACUUCACUUGAAGUGUCUUAACCAUUGGAGUAACAAGUCAUUUACCAAGUUGUUGGAGUAUUUAAAGGACAUACUACCGAAAGGUCAUACCUUGCCAAAUAGUUAUUAUGAGGCAAAGAAGAUGGUGCAAGAUUUAGGACUUGGAUACAUAAAAAUAUAUGCAUGUAAUAACAAUUGCAUGUUGUACUGGAAAGAUAAUGAAAAAGAAGAAAAGUGUCUAACAUGUGGACUAUCAAGAUGGAAGAUAGAUGAAGAACACAAAAAAGUAAAAAAAGUUCCUCAUAAAAAAUUACGGUACUUUCCUUUAACACCAAGGCUACAAAGGUUAUACAUGUCAUUAAACACAACUUCAAAAAUGACAUGGCAUCAUGAUCGAAGAAGUAAAGAUGGGUUGCUAAGGCAUCCAGAAAACUCUAAGGCAUGGAAAGAGUUUGACAUGAUGCACGAAAGCUUUGCCAAAGAACCUCAUAAUGUUAGACUUGGGUUAACAAGUGAUGGAUUCAAUACAUUUGGUAAUAUGAACAGUAGUCAUAGUACUUUUCCAGUGGUUCUCGUUCCUUAUAACUUACCUCCAUGGAUGUGCAUGAAACAACCAUAUUUUAUGUUGUCAUUGCUAAUACCUAGUCCUACUGCUCCAAGAAAUAAUAUUGAUGUAUAUUUGCAACCUUUAGUUGAGGAAUUGAAAAUAUUGUGGGAUGUUGGUAUUAAUACAUAUGAUGCAUUUAGAAAAUCAAAUUUUAAGAUGCAUGUAGUUGUUUUAUAG